AUCGCAAGUUCAUUGAAACAAGUAGAACUGGCAAUUCGAACCAUAACAACAAGUCGAAGAUGGAGGUCGCUGCGGGGCUUAGGUCAGGGAAAAGUGUGCUUAUUUUGUCCUUAGUUGUUGGCUGCUUCGCUUUAUUAUGGCCAAGAAUAUUCUUCCCCAUGCUGCAGUCCUCAUUCACCCCUGCGCCUCCGGAAACGACUAAUGAAGCUGCCAUUACUGGCACCCGACCUCCGAGCAUUCUGCCCUGCUGCCACCCGGUGCCGUUCACCAAGGAGCGCAAUGCGCUCUUCUUCACGGAGCUGUGUCGGCGGCUGUCGUGGCGGGCCGACCGCAGCAGCGCCGAGACUGCCUCGCUGCACCUACCGCCCGAGCCGCGGCCGGACAUCUGGACGCCGGGCCUGGCCGGCUGGUGCGCCGACGAGCUGUGGCGCGCCUGCGGCGUGCAGCUGGAUGAGCCGGCGCUGGAGAAGUUCCGCCGCGCCGCCGACGACCCGCCCACCAGGAACCUGACGGGCUGCCUGGAGGGGACGUUCGGAGUGCGGAGGGCGGACGUCCGGCCGCCACGCGGGAUCGAGCUCACCGCCGCCAACCAGCUGCCGGCGGGCCGCAGGGUUCCCGUCCACCCGGGACUGCGCGGAGACCUGCCGCCCGCCGCCCAGGCUCACCUACACGACAUCAACCGACAGCCGAAACGCAUCAUGGACCGAAUGGGACGGCCGGGCCCCCAGCCGGGGAGCCGUCCCACGCCGGGCGGCUACGGCGCCGUGCCGCCGUCCACCAAGGGCAGCAGCACCAUGGGCAUCAUCAUGCCCAUCUACACCAUCGGCAUCGUCGUCUUCUUCGUCUACACCAUACUUAAGGUGAUGUUCAAGAACCCGGACCCGUCGGAGAGCAAGGAGCCCAUCAUUCCCGACUACCACCUGUCCACCGAGUACCGUUCGUACGGCUACCACUCCGGCUCGGGCCGCUCGACGGUGGACGGCGCGCCGACCGGCCGCUGCCGCCCCGUGGUGGUGCGCCGGCCGCCGCCCGAGCCCGAGACGCCGCCGCCCAGACAGAAGGCCGCCGUCACCGCCGCUGCCGCGCCCGCCGCCAACUCUGUCCCCGCUGCUGCAUCGGCGCAGACCAGACCGGAGGACGCCGAGAUUGACCAGCUGCGCCGCCGGCUGGAGGAGACCGAGAGAGCCAUGGAGCGCAUCAUGAAACAGAUGAGCACCGUCUCGGAGAAGCUGAACGUCGCCAAGAUCAGCUCCAACAUCAAGGCCAUCAAACAGGACCUGUGGGGCUCCACGGACUCUGUGGCCUCCGACAGCCUGGCGUCGGAGCGCUCACUCUCCAUGGAAUCGCUGGCACAGACUGAGGCGUCUCUGGCUUCACUGGAGGAGGACGUUGGCAAGGCAGCCCAGGCGGUGAACAAGAAGAAGGGCUCCAAGGAGAAGAACGGCCACGCGGCUGCCAACGGCACCAAGGCAGACGUGUCGGGACGGAGGCGGGUCCAGGAGCUGAAGUCGUGAACCGACCGACGGACGAGAAGGAGCGAGACGGUAGAGGAGGGGACGGUGGGGUCUGUGCGUGGCGCGACACUGUUCGGACUGUCGGUGGUUCGUCCGGCCCGGCGUGAGGUCCCUGAGGAGAGGGAGCGGCGACCAGCCCGGCGCCGGGAGUGAAAACGUGGCCGAGGUGGUCGGACAGGUCGCUAGUACAUUUGGACUGUAUGUUCAGAAGGCGAGGUGUUGAUGACAGUGCUGCCGGGAAGGCACGCGCCACUCGUUUGGAGUAAACCGUGUGGUAUGUGUGGGUUUACCAUUUUAUCAAAUUGAUGGCGAUUGUAUUCUCCCCACCCAUAAUACUCACCCGUCCGUAUCGGCUUCUCUGAUCUGAACUUACCUCAGUCAGUCAAAGUUUCAGAGUCAGUGCUCACCGGGACACAUUUACCGAACUGUAUCCACAUCGGAAUGGCA